AUGGCUUUUGCAACUCCAGAAUACUGGGAAGCACACUAUCAGGAGGCCAACGGCGAACACAUCGACUGGCUUUGCCAGUAUUCCACGCUACGCAAGGUAGUUCUUCAUUACCUCAGGCAGUGGAAGCGGCCUUUGCCGGCCAUCCUGUUGCUUGGCACUGGCCUGUCAACAUUUGCGGAGGAGCUGUACGACGGGGGCUACUCCCCCAUCAUGGUGCUCGAUUUCGCGCCCACAGCCGUCCAGGAACAUCAAAAGCGUACGGCAAAGCCCCCGCGCGGCGGCCUCACUGUCGUACAGUGCGAUGUGGCAGAUCCCGAGUGGCCGGAGGUGGAUGAGGCGGGGAUGCGGUACGGCAUCGUCGUGGACAAGGGCCUUAUCGACUGUCUGCUGACCUCCCCCUCGGGCAUCGACCGCGCCUCCGCCGCCAUCACCAACGUCUGGAGCCACAUGACCACCCCGGCUGUGUGGAUUUCCGUGUCGCACUCUCCACCCGCCGACAGACGGGACUUGUACUGCCUCUCCGGGGCCGCCGUCGCCGGCACCACCAGCGUCUACUGGCACAACAUCCAGGUCAAGCGGGUACGACUUCCCCCCCUGGAGUACUCCAGUAAGACUGCCGUACAAGGAAAGGAGACGCUGGAGGACUACAACGAUUGGGAGGGGGCGGGUUUGGGGUCGGGGCCGGGAGGGGCCCCACGGGGGGAAGUAACCCCGGGGGAAAAGGCGCGGUCGGCGACGCAGGUGCCGUACAAACCGUCUGAGGCGGGGGACGGACAGGGACAGUCGACGGGGGAGCUCCCAGGUGCUGACGUGUUUCGCGAUGACGUGGCGUACAUCUACAUCCUCACGAAGUAG